GGUAUCGGGGGGUGUUUUUCAAGUACGUUAGGGGGAGGGGCCGACAGGGUGCACAUAGCAAGAUGCUAGCGACAAAGCGCAAAGAGUUUGAUGAUAGAAAGAAGUUGCAAGCAGAGGGGGCGAGGUUACACAGCGAGCUGCAUGCACAAAAGGAAAAACAAGCGGCUACUGAAGAAAAACUCGCCCUCCUAACUGAAACAGUUCUCCAUACGAAACAGGAAGUUGCUGCAAUCAAUAGGACCUUGCAGAAAGUUGAAACAAAUCAACUGGAAUUUGAAAAUGUAUGGAACAUUUUUUUGCAGAAGUCCGCCAAGGACGUAGAUCUGCACAUUCAGUCCUAUAUCAACAAACUAGAUGAUCAUCCCACUCGAACCUUCACUCCCGCCGUGAUUGAGAGAAUAGUGCAGGGCAGCGGCGGAGGAGGAGGUGGUGACGGAGACGGGGAUGGAGGCGACGGAGAUAAGAAAGGAAAGGGAAGACAGGGAGAAGAAGGAGCUGGGACCAACAACAAAAUUAAAGUUAAAAUUCCAUGGACGUACACCGACAAAAGGGAAGAAAGCGUGUUGCAUUGGAUGGCGGUUGUAGAGUCUUAUGUCUACGGACAAUGGAUUCCCUAUUGGGAUAGGGUCUUGAUGGCCACUUCGUGCAUGGCUGGUGACGCGAUGAGUUUUGCCAUCUCGUUACAAAAGGAAGCAGGAUGUAGUUCGAUGGUAGAGUUUUCCCAACAAACCCGUAUUGAAGACUUUCUCAAAGCCGUCAGGGAGAGGUUCGAAGAUAAGAAUCUCGCCCGAAGAACAGAAAUGUUAAUCUUGAACCUUCCUGACAGGAAGUGGAAAAGCAUGUCGACACUAAAAGCUACCAUGGAUGAGUUGUUACAGUGCACCGAGCAUGGGUUAACCCCAGCUCAGAUUUUGAACAGUUUUGCUCGCGCCUUACCUGAUCCCGUCCGAACUCAGUUAUAUCCCCGCACUAAAGAGGAGGGGAUGACCUAUGAAAAAUWUAGUAAGAUUGCAUUAGAUCAUGCAGGAUUUCUGGCUGAAGCCAACUAUUGCCACUAUUGGAAAGAUCUGCAAGGGGAAAACCGCACCAUCUCAGGAUCAAUACAUGGGAAAGACAACCUUCUUCUGAUCUUUGAAGAAGGAGGUGUCGAAUCACUUUCUUGGGACCAAAUAGAUUACGGUCUCGAUGAACCCAACAGACCGGUAGCUCAGGAGGGGAGUUACGCGGCUGUUGCAGCCCGCGGGGGAGGGCGUCAAGGAAGAGGGCGUGGCCGAGGAAGAGGUCGCGGCCGUGGCGGACGAGGAUUCGGCACCCAGAGGGGUGGUGGUGAAGGAAGCCACUACGUGGGAGGAAGGGGAAAUGGUCCCUCAUACGGUGGCCGUGGUUCUUACUCCACCUGGGGUAGAGGAAGAGGUUCAUGGUACAACAAGUGGGAUAAGCCAUACCCACCUCAUCCAGGCUUGCCGGAAGGAGAACCUUGGAAAGAAUUGGGAAUCACAGAGAAAGUUUGGGCCAAAAGAAAGAAGGCAGAUCAAUGCCUCAAAUGUGGGGACCCCGACCACAUUGUCCCCUAUUGCCCUGAUUAUAGGGGGCAAAAGGGAACAACCAGUAGAGGUGUCAGUUGCCUCUACCGGAGCUUCGACUGUUGAAAAAUCAGAAUCCUCCCUGUCGAAGGCUCCACUGGCAGAAACUGAACAGGAAGGAAGUCCCCAUCUAGUACACUGUCCAGAGGUGGCAAACGUAUGUAUCUCUCUAGAUGGAUCCCUCGCUAGCAUGGGUGAUGAGUUGGCCGCUCGUCGCCAAGCCUGGACUGAAAUGCGAAAAAAGAAAGGACAACUAAUAAUUGCAGAUCUUGAAGUAAACCGAACAAGAGUAG